AUGUUGCCUCAGUAUGAUCCUAGAAUACGAUGUCGCAAACCCUGGAAAGGGAGUUGGCAAAAUUUCAAGCCUGUUCUUGAACAUCCAUGUCCGCAAUCACUGAAAACACCCCCGAGCAAAAACUCGUUCGCCUCGCGAGACUUCUCAGGUACCUACCUCGUACUCUACCUGACACCGGACGGACAAGCAAAGUGUACACAUUUUUGUCUUGGUCCACAAAUCCGGAUUACGAAGAUAUCAACGAAUUCGGUCGACGAUGGGGACAACGGCAUGCUCCGGGAGCUAGCCAUUGAGAUCGAGGACGACGACUUCGAACUCGAUAGCGAGAUUAACCUUAACGCCCCCGUUCUUCGGGCAUUGCUUAGAGGUGAAGCAACCCCUGCUGCACAGUCAGCGUCACAACCUCCCGCUGCAAAGACCUGUGCUAGUAUUACUGUAGAGGAGGCGUGGAAGUUUUGA